AUGUCUUGGUUGGGAUCUUUCCCCUGGUCACAGGGGAUCAAAAAACGAGCCUGCAGAUAUCUCCUACAACGAUAUCUUGGUCAAUUUCUGGAGGAAAAAUUGACAUUGGAUCAACUCACUGUAGAUCUUUAUAAUGGAACUGGUCGUGUAACCAAUGUCAGCCUUGAUGUACAGGCACUCAAUGAAAUGGGAGAACAACAAAAUCUUCCCUUGGAAUUCGUUGACGGUUUUAUAGCAGAGAUGUCCAUGAGCGUACCUUGGUCGGCUUUGUUGAGUGAGGCCACGUAUGUGGAAGUGACCAGUCUUAGAUUAACUGUUCAACCUAGGCAAAGAACAGAAAGUGGAACAUCAAUGUUUGAGUCUAUGUGGAGUUCCAUGACAUCCAGUAUGCAACUUGCACAAGAAUGCUUGCAAGAAGAUGCCAGUAAUGUUGGAAGUUGUCAGCCAUUGGAAGGAGUAGAACUGUUUGCCCAAACUAUAGAUUCAAUACUAUGUCGGGUAAAAGUGAGAUUUAUAGAUACCAUAAUACGUUUGGAGCAUGUGCCAUUAGAUUCUUCCACAGGAGUUGCAAUAGAAAUGUGUAUAAAAAAUCUAGGAUAUUCAGAUGAAGCAGGCUUGGACCCAAGUAGCACUUCAUUGGAUCCUAGCCAAUCAACAAAGAGUUAUAUUGUGUCAGCAUUCACUACAAAACGAUUUUGUCUUGAGGGUGUCACUUUUUACACAGAUGAAUUUCCAUCUCGUGCAAGAACUUUUUCUAGAAGUUUAAUAACAACGAGUAGAGGUUCGACGCCAGAUUCAAAAAAUUCAGAUGGUCAAUUUUCUUCAGCACAAAUAUCUCCUGUUCAAAACAACCAAACUCCUCCAGAAGGGAACAUUCUCAAUAAUUUAAGUGGAUCGAAUCCUAUAAUGUUCGCUAAAUUGGCAGGCAGACAAGAAAUAAGAUUGAAGUUGAAACAAGGAGAAGGUGUUUCAGGUCCAAAGGUAGAAUUAGAAGUAACUCUGGGAUCUUUUACUUCAUUUCUAAGUCCUCGGCAGAUGCAUGUUUUACUGGAACUAGGACACGGACUUGCGUCUCCAGACUUGGAAGACAUUAGUAAUGUUGCACCAAGAACAUGUACUGAAAAACCUAUGGCUGGUAGCGAUUUUAACCGCGUGGAACGAGAACUUAUUCAUCAAAUACAUCCAACCCAAGGAUUGCGUACUAUGGAUCUGAGGCAUACGCAGGGAUGGUCUACAGCAUCUUUAGAUGAGUCAGACAAUGAAGAUGAGUUUCUACCAAUGCGAUUACCAGGAUCUUCAUCUAUGAGUGAUUCUAUCACAAGCAAUAAUAUUAACAUGGAUGGAAGUAUAUCCACUAGUAGUAUUAGCUUAAAAAGUUCCGCUACAAAUUUGUCAAAGCAACGUAAACACAGACAUAGUAUGGACAAUGGUCCUUCUGCAGAGACGUCUCACUUUCACGUGAGAAUAUCUUCCAUAGCUGUAAUUCUAUUGCACGAAGAUAUAUUGACGACAUGUGUAGAUGGUGGUGGUCUAACAUGUUCUAGUAUACAACAAAUGAAAAAUUCCGCGGAUGAAUUUUUUAAGCAACUGGGAUUGUUUGCAGUUGGUGGAUAUGGAAAUAAAGAUUUUGAUAAAGCAUCUAAAUUACUCCUAGACGCUUGUCAUUUGAGUCAUAUUAGAUUACUUGCUGCACCUUUAGUAAUGGAAGGAAGGGAAAAAACUACUACAUUGUCUUCUGUAAUAUCAGGAACGUUGACCUUAGCCAGUUUAGAAAUUGUUGAAUGUUUAAUUGAUUCAAACAAUUCUAAUGUAAAUGGAACACCUCCAACAGAAUAUGUAGAAUUACUUGCUUUUGUAAAAGAGAACUCAACAAACCACGGUUUUACUACUAAAACAGAUUUUAAAAUGAAAUUUAAAUACGUGGAAGAUACUCACAGUACUAGACACGCUCAGUUAAUGAAGUACGCACAUCCUUGUACAGAAAUUGACAUUGAAUUGGAGCCUUGUAAAAGCGAAGUGGAUAUAACUAUUGUAGAUAGGAUAUGUGCUUUACUUAAUCCACAACCUAUAUGUGUUUGUAAUCCUGUAUCUAAAAACAAGAAUAUUAAUCAACAAACUUUGUUUUACCAAGCUGUGGAAAGUCCAGCAUUGUCAGACUUUGCAGCUGCUAUAAAUGUAUCUUCGUCGCAAUGUACAAUAAAACUAAGGUUUCCAAUACCAGAUUUAAGACCACUGCACGACAUGAAUCGAGCACCGUGGUGGAAAAGAUCAGUAAGAACAGAUUACAUGAUUUUGAAACUGACAGAUGCACAAAUACAUUCUACCAUGAAGACUCAUCCUCACUCUGUAACAAAACACGAGAUUCAGGUUCGAAAGAUGCUGCUUUCGUACGUAGAAACAGAUGUGGAUAAGGCGAUAAGCAUAGGAAAAGUUACAACCGAUGAAAAGAACAACGCAUCUUGUCAGCAAGUCAAUGAAGGCUUCGGCUGGGCUAGAGUGGUUAUCACAAUUUAUCCACAGCGUUUGAGUGGCCAAUUGGAGGAUAGUUCUGACGGUGAGUCGGAUUCAAGCUUGGACGAAACUUUAGGAAACGCGCCUAAGCAUCAACCGUCACCGUUUAGCUCCAAACGCGUUAUCCACGAAUCUGAUACACCCCACUCUAGCUCUAGACCUCAUGGGCCGAUUGAUAGAGACGAUUUAGAACAGAGGGAGGGGGAAGAACUCAUUAUACCAGGCAGUCGAGAAGAAAUGCUAGAGUUUAUGGAUGAAGGCAUUCGUGGUUCUAGGAUUCAAUUGGAAAUCAAUUUUCCAUGUGUAUCUAUCCAGAUACCGUCUAAACAUCUUUACGAGUUGUUGUUUAAUAGGUUCAACACUGAUCUCUUUCUAUGGGAGCCAUCAGCGCCAAGACCAAAGUACAGUACACACAUGGAGAGCCACAUUGGCCUUGAUUUGGCGUCUACCUUGUUGCAAGAAUCUUUCUAUCCCAGAUUCAGCACUUGCAAAAGCGGUAUCCAAUAUGAUUCCGACUCGGAAUCAGAUGAGAAUGGCAUAUUUCAUUCAACGGCGGAUAAAAGUUACAGACAACACCAAAAUAAGGUGUCAAGAAAUGGUCAGAGCAAACUAGCAUUAAUUUUGAAUAUAGAUCAAGGCCUCCUCUGCAUGUUCACACCUGUUCGUGAUUCGAUGUACAAUGUUAUACCCGGACAACAAGGAGAACUGAUUAUAAGAGUGGAAGAUGCAACGAUAUUUUCAGUGCCCACCUAUAAAGCGAAUUCGAAUUUAGGUUACGUGUGUGCCAUGAUAAAAGAGAUCUCCUUGGAUCAUUACGGAUUAAUGACCACUCCUUCGCGACCACCUCCACUGAGACCUAUUAAUAGCGUUACCCCGAAACAUUGUCAAAAGGCUAUAUAUAAAAGUGAGCCAGAUGCAAACGUAAUGGGAACAAGCAACAACGAUAAAGAUAUGGUGAUGCUUGCUAUUCGAAUACAAACUGCUCAUCAGACUCACCGUAUAAAGACUUUCAGAGUAGCAGUAGGUAUAUCGAAUGCCACUCUUAGGCACAGAAUGUGCACCACCGGUACCUCAUGGUUCACACAGCUGACAGAUUGCUUGGACGUAGCUGAUCAUCCAGUCGCUGGAUAUUCUCCUCCGGGGAUAUUGACUGAACUUCAUUUACAUCUGUGGAAUUGUGCAGUUGACUAUAGGCCGCUGUAUCUGCCACUCAGAUCAAUGGUAACUCUGGGAAGUUUCAGCGUGUCUAGUAACAUAGCUGCUCAGACAAACACCUCAACGUUACGUUUCAUAGCAGAAGAUAUCGCGUUGUUCGUUUCCAAUAAGUUGGGAAAAUCUAUUAACUUAAAAAGAGAUUAUGUGUGCGUGGUGGACGUAGGUUUGUUCGAACUCUCGUUGAGAUUGAACGAUAAGAUGUGCGGUGGAGCACCCAGAGUGGAUCUGAGAGCUAGCAACAACGUUCUUCAUAUACGAACGUGUUCAGAUUCUGGUCGUGCUCUUAUCCAAUUGUUGACAUACUUUGCCAGUGACGGGGACCUGGCGCCAAAUACAGAGAGCAUGGAAAGUACCACAGUACCGAGCUCUGGAGAUGAGGAAAGUCUUCUUGGAGAUGAAAGUAUCAAUACGUUGAGCAAAAGCCAAGAGGAGCGUGUAAAUAGUCUAAUGGAGGAAGCAAUGAAGGAGGCUGUGACAGAAACAGAUGAAAACGAGGAUGAGAAAACACUGAUGACCGAAAAUCGGGUGGAGGUGUUCUUCUUCCCCGACGAACCCCACCCACCUGCGCGAACAGUACCUGAAUUAUGCAAAAGCCCCGAGCAAUGUGCCAAGCCGGAGUGCAAUAUAGAGGCGGAUGACUCUAACGAAGAUUUUUGUAUAUUAGGAGAAGAGGCUGGUACGGGGAUUAUGCCUAGACACGGAGUGCCAGAAGUCCGUUGGCUGUGCCAAGAGUCUUUAAGGAUAAUAGAUAACCAUUUCGCGAUUCCUCUUGGUAAAACGGAUUUGCUCAGAGCGCCUAGACACUUCCCUGUUCCCAUCUUGAGAUACACUCUUUGCGAAAUGACACUAAUUUGGCAUAUGUACGGAGGAAGAGAUUUCGAUGCAGCACCACCGAUAAAAAAACAAGUUAUUAUUAACGAUAAUGUAGCUCGCCCUAAUUCAAACCUAACCCCAGAACGAUCUUCAUGGUGUGACGGUGUGGCGUUCAAUAAAUCGAAUCCUAACGAAGUGCAUUUUGGAAGCGUGCCAAAUUCACCACGGAAGAAGGUUAAAGAACCGACAGAAUGGCAAGCAUUGGGUGGGCCAGGUCGCCGUCACGAUAUUCUAAUGGAACUUCAGUUGAACAAAGUUCGGUUUCAACAUGAGGUUUAUCCAGAUAACACUAUAGAAGCAGCGAGGCAAAUAUUGCUAAUAAGCGAGAUAGAGAUUAGAGACAGGCUAGGGUCUUCGCAUAUCAACAAAUUUCUGUAUCAAUACUGUAGCGAAGCGAAACCGAAACAAUCGCACGCAAAUAUGUUUGCUAUGAAGGCGGUCCACGUCAGGCCGGACCCAAAAUUAAGUGCUCAAGAAUGUUGCUUAAAACUUAGCCUACUGCCGUUGCGUCUAAAUAUAGACCAAGACAGCCUAUUGUUCUUGAUAGAGUUUUUCAACGAAUUAGGUGACGGUACGAAGCAAACUACCGAGAAUUCUAAUACACCUAAUAAUCCUCAAUCUUCCCCGGUUUCUAAGCAAGGGACACCGACGCAUCAUCUACCGGUUAUGAGUGUGAACGAUACUGCGCCUAAUGCUCCGUCACCAACGAAUUCCCUGGAGAACGAUACUAUAGAUCCGAAUUUAUUAAUACUCUUGGAAGACGAGCUAAUGAUUAAAGAAUGCAAAACGAAAGCGAAAGCAACGCAAGAUGUUCACGACGACUGUCAACCGAUUUAUUUUAGGAGUGUGAUAUUUUCCCCCGAAGUCCUUGUUAGAUUAGAUUAUCAUGGAAAACGAGUAGAUCUCACCCAUGGACCAUUAGCGGGCCUUCUGAUGGGGUUGGCACAGCUGAAUUGUUCUGAAUUAAGACUGAAAAGAUUGACGCAUCGACAUGGACUUCUUGGGUUCAAUAAGCUCAUCACGUUUUUACUCUCCGAGUGGUUGCAGGAUAUUAAAAAAAAUCAGCUCCCGAGCUUGCUUGGCGGUAUAGGUCCUAUACACUCGUUGGUACAAUUAUUUCAAGGGAUACGAGAUCUGUUUUGGUUACCUAUUGAACAGUACCAGAAAGAUGGCAGGAUCAUCAGGGGCCUUCAACGAGGUGCGAACAGCUUUACAACGUCUACGGCAAUGGCAACGUUAGAGUUAACUUCUAGACUGAUACACGCUAUACAAAGCACUGCUGAAACUGCUUAUGACAUGGUCAGUCCUGGUCCCAGUGUUAGGCAUAAACCUAGAGGACAAAAGGGACGCCGGAAAAGAUACAGUCAGCCAUUGGACAUACGAGAAGGAAUGGCGAACGCUUAUUUACUAGUGAAAGAGGGCUUGGGUGAAACUGCAAAUCAGUUGGUUCGUGUAGCUAGCGAGGAACACGAACAAAAGGGAGUAUCUGGUGCAGUUGGUGGUGUUUUACGGCAAAUACCGCCCACGGUCGUGAAACCAAUUAUUUUGGCCACUGAAGCUACUAGUAACGUUUUAGGCGGUAUGCAGUCACAGUUAGUACCCGAUGCAAGACGCGAAGCGGCUCAGAAAUGGCGGCAAGAUUCGAACGAAGUGAAUUGAUAUUGCUCUGUCGGUAACGGGGCAUGUUGCUUCUCGAUACGACCUCUCUGUAAUAUAUGGAAUCCAUGACGCGAAAUCACAAGGGAACGCGAGUGAAUCUUCGAAACAAGAAACAUACAAUACGAGAAAGUCAAUUUUCAGACAAGAUGAAACGCGAACGUAACGAACCUUAGACCUAAAUGCAUAAAUUUUGUUCAAAGCCUUUGUAAGAUUAUGCAAACAAGCGCUGCAACGUAUUCGUGUAACUAUGUUUCAGUUCCGUUGUUUUUUCUUUUUGUUACAUAUAAUAUGUAUAUAUAUAUAUAUAUAUAUAAUAUAUAUAUAUAUAUAUAUAUAUAUAUAC